UCUUACCAUUGUAUCAUACCAUCAUCCCCUUCUCAAGUCUUCGACCUGAUCUCUGUGCCCGUGCCAUUGACUGUACAUGCGAUGCCGUGAGCGAAAUCAUCCUCAGACGCUCCCUGUGACCCCGCCACCGAAGGGUGAUACCCUGUUGCGGCUACUUCGCAACAUUACUCGCGUCCGAGCAAUAACGCGCCAAUCAAGAUGCCUCGUCUGACCAAAACCAAGGCCAAGGAGACUGGCAGCGCCGUCUCCUCGAACAGAAGCUCUGUCUCGGGAGCCUCGCAUCUCAAAGGCGAUGCUGCCCACGAGGCAUCAUCGUCAUCCCCGAGCUCGGCCGGUCCCCUCACCAAGGCGGCACUAGAGGUCGUCCGCCAGAUGCUGCUAUAUCUAGACCCUGCCGCCGCUUCGCUGCUGCCCGUUGAUGAGAUGUCGGCCACUCGCAGUCUCCACGUGCCAAUACCGAUCUCUGAAUGGAAUGUCCUCUACAGCACCCCUGCUUCAUCUGCACCUUCCGGCUCGAAAGACACCUCAUUCAAGCCUUCCAUUCAAGUCCUGUCAUAUCCGACUUCCGAGCAAAACCUCUUCUGCGUUCGAAGUGUCCUGCCUGACAUUUCAGCGCGGCAAUUCUGGACUUUGAUGGCCGAGAGUGGCAACAGGCAUUUGUGGGACACCACUACCCAAGAGGGAGGCAAUCACCGCUUCUUUUCUUCCGAGCUGCCAUCCGAAUCACCGGAGCAUACCCUUGCCCACAGUCUGGCAGCUAGGUUAGAGUACCUGAGAUUCGGCUCCAUCUUCAUGGUCGCCAAACCUCGUGAUAUGGUGCUUCUAUCUGCCGAUGUGAGACUGCCCCCCACCAGCGCAUCAGCCCUGCGACUCGUGUCCGCUUGCAGGAGUGAAGUCGAUCCUGCUAAGCCCCCCGUGAAAGGGUACACCAGGUACGACCUGGGCGUCGGAGGCUUCAUGGUUGAGGAGUUGGGGACUGAUGGGACUACCUCGACUGCAAGGACAGGCAAAGCCUGUCAAGUGACCCAACUCUCCAAUCUUGGGUCCGCUGCCUCGUGGGUCCCGGCUUCUGUCGUGAAAAUGGUAGCACAGACAAUGGUGCCCAGAUCGGUUGCACUUAUCUCGAAAGCUGCCAUUUCAAUCACCGUACCGGAGCCCCUUCGGACAGGAGUCGUCCCAGACGAUGUAGAUCCCAAAGAGGAGAUCGUACACAAGGGAAGGGAGCGAUGGAGCAAGGCGAGAAUAUUGCCCAGCCAGGUCGGUGAAGGCAUUCUGGGUCGGAGCAGACCAGAGCCGCAAUCUACGAAGCCUGGGAGGCCUACGCAAGGGUCUUCCCAGGACGAGCUCCCGGAAACUUCUGUUGCGGCAGCCGCAUCGACGACUGAUGUGCCCACACCCACUCCACCUGCGGCUCCUGAAUCCAUGUCCACACCCUUAGCCGAUACUAGACACAUCUCCGUUGUCGAAGAUCCUGCAGGCGCAAGACCGCCUCUACAGAAGAGCCACGCGACUGCGAGAUCUUCAGCCUCGCCUUCGACUGACAAUACGGCGACGACUGAGCUUUGUAGCACGAGGAGAAGUAGCAGCACUCAGAGCGGCUCGACUCUUGCUUCAAGGGUAUCGCUGGCAGAAUCAGAUGGUGCGAAUUUUGAUACAGAAGUCACUGCCUCUUCACAAGAUACAUCUAUGGCGGAGAGUCGGAAUCUCUCUGUUGCCUCCAAGGCGAGCCAAGAGCGCUUGCGCCUCCGAAACGGGGAUGAGGUUGGUCAACGCCUGAAUCGCAUCUCGAUGGCCUUGCAAGCCAAGUGCAGUGAAGAGCAAGACAUGAGCUUCAGUCCGCCCACCCCAGCAGCGAGCCAUCUGAGAGGAAGCAUAGCUAUCACUGAAAGUCCUGAAGGGCAAACGGCUCAUUCGAGAUCUGCGAAUGGCGACGACCAGGACGAGGUCAAUGAGCUGGUAGCAGAGGCCCUCUCUAUCUCUCUCAGCUCUCCUCAAUUGCAGUCUCACUUUGCUGCCUACUCUCCGGAUCGGUCCACCACUCGGCAACUAUCGCCCUCCCUUCUUCGCUCUCCAGGAGCUAGAGAAGCGAGAAGAGAGGCAUCUGAGCUCAGCGCUAUCCUGCUUGCUGGGUCCGACGCUCUCAUCUCUGCACUUGCCCCUGGAGCUAGAGAAAGGCUUCCCGAUGGUGACAGUGGGGCAAUGACACAAGCUGGACCUCUACGCAGAGAAUCUUGCUUCUCUUCGCCUACAAGAGGCCGUGAGAGACCGGUUACACUCUCCAAUGCAUCUAGGUCGUCCGCAGCCACAUCGCGUUCUUCGGCUGUGACCCGCAGGAAGAAGAGUGUCCGUCCAGCAUUGGCGAGCUCCGCCUCCUUCUCUCGUGCUAUUACGCAGACAACUUCCGCGCACGCCCUUCAUUUUCCCGGCUCGCAGGACACGAGUCUAGAAGAAGGUGGGCGAGACGUGGCUAUGACUUCCUGGAAGAAUGCACUCAAUUCGACGCCCUACGCCCUAGAGCUGGGGAAGAUGGCCAUGCUUUGGACAAGCGAGGCGUCUCAGGCCGGCAAGUCUCCUUCUCCGGGCAGGGGCGCUGAAGAAGCUGCGCCUCUGCCCUCUUUGCCCUCCUCGCUGCACGGAGCUUCACCUGCAGUAAGAGCUCUACGAUCUGCCUCUGGUUUUGGCAGCGGGAGGCUCAGACCACCAACCCCGGGAAGGUCCUUCUCUUCUCCUGCGCACCAGACUGCUUUCGCCUUCUCAUCCACUCCCACUGCCUCCUCCUCGCGAAUCAACUGUCAGAGCAGUCUUGAGACAGGUGACUCGCUGAGACCUUCUGUGCGUAUACCUGCUCCGGAGAGCGAGAGGCGCAAGGCUUCCAGGGAGAAUUACAAGGAUAACCCAAAGUUGAUGACGAGUCCUGUACUCGGAUGAUUCUCUUCUCUCUUUCGUAAGAGAGGUCGAGCAAUGGUUUUUUCGGGUUGUCUUGUCCCGUCGUGAAGGGCAGGCAAGAGAGGACAAUUCCUGCACAAAAUGAUACCCCCAGCUACGUCCACUGAUUGUCAAUAGUGCUCCAUAGGAACGGCAAAG